AUGAAUUAAUUGAUGAAUUGUAAAUUAAAUACUUUAGGAUAUGUCAGAAAUUAUCACUCUGAUUUUGGUUCAUCUAAUAUAAUCAAUCAUACACUAUAUCAUAAAUAUGCGUCUUCUUAAAAUUAUUACUUCACUAAAGAAAUUAAUGAUAUUUUAAGCAAGAAUAGAACAUCAGCAACAAUUAAGUUUUAUGUAACCAAAUUAUGAAUAAUUCAGGAUGAUAUGCAAUAUUUAGAAAAUGAUGAGUACAUGUCCAAAGUUUAUUAUUUUGAAGAUUACUAAUCCAAAAUUUAUUUUUUGGUUGAGUUCUACAAAUAUCAUCAUGAUUUACCUAGAUUUACUGUAGAUGAAGAUAUUAUUUAAAUUUUGAAUUUGUAUUAUGAUAAAAAGAGAAAAUUGGAAUACUAUAAAAUAUAGAGAUAAAUAGAAUAAGAAAACCUAAAGAAUCCAGAUCAACCAUAAAAAGCAAUUGUUGGAGAUAAACCUAUUGAAUCUUAAAGUACUCCAUAAUCAGAAAUUAGUGGUAAUUCAACCAUUAAUAAUAAUGUGGAAAAUAUUCUUUCAGAUACUAUUUUAUAGUAGAAAAACUAAAAUUAAAUUUCUCAAUAAGAUAUAAGUUAAAUUACAAAAUUAUAGGAUGACUAAAAGAGUGAAAUUCAAUAAAUGCUUGAAGUUUUAAAUUAGGCCAAACAAAAAAAUACACAAAAAUGUUCCUUUUAGAAAAAUAGCAGUCCUUCAUUUAAAUAAAAUCCUAAAUUAAAUGAAUAAAUACUUUUUCAAUCAAAUCCAAAAUAUUAUACUAAAUAACAAUAUGAUUUAAGAGUCCCUUUAUCAGCAAGAUAUCCUUCAUCUUCAUUAAGUAAAAAUUUUAAAAUAUCUUAACAUGAGAAAAAUCUUGAUUCUAAUUUUACGCCUCUCCUUAAUAAGUGUUCUUAAAGGAAAAGGAUUAAAUUAGAAAGUAAAAUUGAUAUAAGGAAAGAAUUUAAAAAGCCUAUUCCUGAACAAUAAUCAUUAGGAUUUAAAAUUUUAACAUGUUUAAAUUAAAUUGAAAAAUAUAAACAAAAUACCAAAUGUGUCUAAUCAUUAGACAAUAAAGAAUUAUAAAGAAUUUUAAAUUCUGUUAAUUAGCCUAAAUUCUAAACUACUUAUAAAAGUUCAUCUACUUAAUCAAUUAAAAUAUCGAAAUAAUUAAAUUCAUAAGAUGAUUAAGCUUUCAAAUCAAAUCCAAUUAAUAAAGUAUAAACUCCUAGAUCAUAUUUAAAUAGUUCAAAAUUUAAAAAAUCAUAGAUCUAAGAAUAAAAAUAAAAAUAAAAAGAUAAUGAAUAAAGUUUAAAAAAACUUAUGGUUUUUAAGUAAGAUAAUGUUAUAAAGACUCAUAGAAAUUUAGGAUUUGUUCCAAAACUAAAUCUUAAUAUCAUCAAUCAUUUGAAUACAAAUUCAUCUUGCAAUACUCUAAGAAAUAAUGCAUUUAAUAUAAAUAUUGUAAAUUAACUAACACCAUAAUCUUUAACGUUUAGAUCAAAAAUUGAUAACAUUAUAAAUUAAUAAAUAAAAACCAUUUAUAAAAAUAAGAUAAAGAUCAAAAAAUGA